UUGAGGACUAAUCUGAUUAAGGUUAGUUGUUUAUUUAUCCAAAUUAUAACUGCAUUUCUAACUUGUGUGUGAUGCUUAUUGAUACAUAUUGUGGCCAUUGCAUCGGCAGCUAGCCAGUCUAGCUAACUGCGUUUCGCACUCGCUUUAUCACCAGUUGAAUUUGGCGGGCUUGUAAGACUGCUCCUCGAACAUGACAACAUAAUAUAGUGACUAGCUGGAAUUAUGAGUAUUUUAUUGAACUAAUUAGGCCGUCAAUAUUUCGGGACAGUGAAUGCGAGUUCAAAUCAAAAAUCAAAUUUAUUUAUAUAGCCCUUCGUACAUCAGCUGAUAUCUCAAAGUGCUGUACAGAAACCCAGCCUAAAACCCCAAACAGCAAGCAAUGCAGGUGUAGAAGCACGGUGGCUAGAAAAACUCCCUAGAAAGGCCAAAACCUAGGAAGAAACCUAGAGAGGAACCAGGCUAUGUGGGGUGGCCAGUCUCCUUCUGGCUGUGCCGGGUGGAGAUUAUAACAGAACAUGGCCAAGAUGUUCAAAUGUUCAUAAAUGACCAGCAUGGUCGAAUAAUAAUAAGGCAGAACAGUUGAAACUGGAGCAGCACACGGCCAGGUGGACUGGGGACAGCAAGGAGUCAUCAUGUCAGGUAGUCCUGGGGCAUGGUUCAAUAGUCUGUUUGCUGUAGUUUGGGACCUGCUUCAAGAAAUAUCAAACAAGUUGUGGUCAUGAUCCAAUAUUUUCAUAAUAUACUUUGAAAUUAGCAUUGCAGGAGUAUUGGUGAAAAUGUUUGUAGUCAUCCUUAUAUAAUGUGUCAUGAUUGAAAUACAAAUGUAAUGCUUUUUCAUCCGUUUUGGCCUUAUCUCGUACCAGUAACUGCUUUCAGACCUAGUCAUGCUGAUCAGGGUGAAAUUCAAUGGUGAACAAAAAUAUGUCAAGAUCAUUUACCUGACACUUGAAGAGCUUUUGAUUGGAGGUAAACUUUUCAUUUGUGAUUGGAAAUAAAUGUAUUGUUUUCAUACCAGUCAGUCUGAUUAGUCUUACCAUUUACGAUUGCAAUUCUAAUUGUAGGUUGUUUUUUAAAUGUUUGUCACAGCUUUCCUGACAUUUGAGAUCCCACUUACUAGUUUAUCAGAGGCAAAGCUGUAUGAUGGGUCUGGAACUGAAGUUGAUGGGAAUGUGUUUGAGGAGGCGGUGACACGGCCAAAUCUUGGUGUUUUGAAGCUCACACUGUACAAUGAUGCUAAAGGAUGGGACAAUGACCUAUCCUCCAUCCUUCUCCUGCUCCAUUUGACUCCUCCUUCAUCACAAGGCCGCAAAAGACCAGGAAAGAUGUCUGCAUCCCAAGCUGAACAGUAUCUUGUCAUAUUCCAAAAGUCAGGAACCAGUAUCCAGGAGCACCUUGAUGCGAUUGACCAGAGCCGCCAACCAUAUCUUCUUGCAGUCGGGACCAGGAAGAGCAGCAUCCAUGCUUACUUCAUCAUCCUGGACAAGCGAGCCUUGCCGUGCAAGUCAAUGAGAGCUCUUGUUGCCUUCGAUGAGCUUUGCAAGACUCACUUUGUUUUUGGUACUGCUUACAAUAGAAUGCUGCGCAACAUGUACACCUUCAUACAAACAAUUGUGUACAACAUAGACAUUGGGAAGGUUAAGGAGACUCCAAGGGUUGUUGAGCUCAGAGCUUUUUUAAAGAUGGAGUUGACUUUGAUUUGGAAGAUGGACUAUAUAUGAAGAGACAUCCUCUCUUUUCUAAAGAGAAAAAUGUGUUACAAAUUCACCUCUUAUGAUGACUUUGAGACCGCUAAUCCAUAAGGAUCGAAAAUGGAUAUUCACAAGUUGGGAGGUAUAUACUUUACUUUGGGAAAUGUUACCCCAAAGUUGAAUUCAAUUUUUGUAAAUAUUCACUUAUGCGCACUUUUCCAUAGCCAGGACCUUAAAACUUAUGGAUUGGAUUCCAUUCUUGAGCCAAUAGUAAGUGAUUUGAAAGUGCUUGAGACUGAGGGUAUUGAAGUUCCCUUCUUCAGUGGUUGUAUACAUGGCAGUAUUGUCCAAGUAACUGGAGAUAAUCUUGGUAUACAUUACCUGUUCGGUUUUGUGGAAUCAUUUAGUGCUCGUUAUUGUUGCUGUUUUUGCCACACUGGGAAAUGCACUCAGACCAUUGUCAAACUAUUCAGUCAAACUCAACACUACCUCAUUUGUACGGUGUGAAGCAUGCUUGCUUAUUGAACUCUAUGCUGUACUUCAAUACUACAGACACUUUUUCUGUUGACAUAAUGCAUGACAUUUUAGAAGGAGUUGCACAACUUGAGGUAACUUGUGUUACAAUAUAUACAAGCCAACUUUGUGACUGCUAAAGAUGUGUACGGUAGAGUUUGUUCAUUUUACUAUGGCAACACAGAGAGGAGGAAUUUUCUACCUGCACUCAAAUUGGAUGAUGGGGGCAAUGAUUUGGGUCUAAAGGCUAUUCAGUCUUGGUGUCUUUUCCGUAAUUUGCCAUUGAUAUUUGGUGAUCUGGUACAGAAAGAUGAUAAAUACUGGCAGCUGCUUUUGUUACUACUACAAAUGGUAAAUAUUGUGUUUUCUCCUAUACUAACAGAGGGAAUGACUAUCCAUCUGACACACUUGCUAAACAUCAUAGACUUUUCGUGUAUUUGUUUCCUGAUAGAAAUCUGUUACCGAAACACCACUUCAUGAUGCAUUAUCCUCGUCGUAUAAGGAAUAUUGGGCUCAUUCUUCAUUCGUGGUGUAUGCCCUACGAGGCUAAACAUAAUUUCUAUAAAAAACAACUGAAGAGUUUUAAUGACCUUAACCAAGAAACACCAAAAUGACAUGGCAUAUAAUUGGGAAACGUUCAGCCAGGAUAGACUAGCUAUAGGUCCAGGAAAGAUGUCAAGGCUCAAUGAGCUGAUAGAAAGCAAUGAGAUUGCUGCCAAGCUGAAUGUCUCAGUGCACACAUGUUUUGUCAGUUAAAUGGGUAUAGCACCAUGGUACAGAAUAUCGUCUUGAUUUGGUCAUAUCUGGUGAAGUAGUCAUUGAAAUGCCAGUAUUUUACAAAAUUAAGGCUAUUGUUCUGAAAGAGGAAAAUGUUUUUUGGGGUUGGGUCAGUUCUUGAAACCUUAUGUUUUGAUGAUAAUUUGCAUGCAUUUAAAGUUGUUUUGAAGCAAAGUCCACCAUGCAAGGUAUUUCAUGUAAAUGAUAUCAUUUACCACAAACCUUUUCAUUUGCUCAUGUCAUAUGGAGCAAGGGAUUCUUUUGACUACAUUGUACUCUUACUUGAUAACAGUUUAAGCCAGGGCUGGGACUUGUG